GCUGCGGCCGGGGCGUUUCAUCCUGGUGCUCACGUCUACCGAAAAGGUUGAGCCCCUGGUUUCACUCGUGAGGUCGGAGAUUGGCGAGGAUAAGAUAGCCGCGAGCUUACCCGACCAAGAAUGGCUAAUCCCAAGCCUUGAUUUCCUGAUAGCUACACCGCUCGACAAGCUCCCUUCCCAAUCGAUGGGCGUGCUUACCAUCCUCGUCGAUGGCGACAUCGGCGGUUCUUUCCGCGAGCAGGCCACGGGCGUCAUCCACCGGUUGUUCCCAUCGUCGUUUCCUUCGUCCCGAAUGACGACCCGACAAGAGCGCUGGUUUUCUCCCUCCGACCGCGACCGCCUCUCUUGCAGCUCGACGUUGCAGGAGCUUUUGGCCUCCAAGUUGCCCGAGGCCAGAUCCUGUCCUGGGUGGGGAGAUAAAACUUUUGCGAGGAUCAUGAGGAGCUUUUCUGCCCGUGGAGACAAUGUGGUGUGUCAGGACUGGUCCGGGCUAGUAGCUUUGAUCCCCGGACUUGUCCGACAUGCACUUCCUUGUGCCCCGCCACCGCUUCUGGUUGCGCCAGAGAGCAAGGUGCACGCUCUCACUCAACUCGUGCAAUGCUGUGCGCGCGAGAUGGGCAUGUCCGAGGCCAGGAUCUCAAAGGUUGGAGCUGGAGUGAUGGGAGGAACUCCAGAGGUCGUUCCCCCGCUACUACUCCGUCUUCUGCAACUCGGCUGCAAAGGUGGACGAAGUCGUGAGCGGCAUGGUGGAGCGUGGUUACGAGGCGUAUCCCGUCUAUUCCCAAGACGACGCUAUCCUAGAGAAAGUUUACGAGCAUGGCCUCUCGGUUGUCGUCACGAACGUGUACAACCGAGCGUCCCAGGAUGUGAUCAACUAUGAGCUCCCUCGCUCGGACGAGGAAUACGUGAGCCACACCGCAGUGAUCCCAGGAGGAUCAAACUGGUGGUCAAUGUCGCUCGCCACCAAGAGCUAGCAAGCUUGUCUGCCUAUAGCAGUAUGAUCGCAUUGCCCUCUGACUUGAGCAAUCUACGCCACAAGCUGUUAGUGCAUUCUGCCCCUCACCUCCGGCAUUAGAACUCGCACUAACUUUCUUCACAUGUAUUGAGAGAGAUUGGAAAAGGAAGAAAUCUUCCCACACUCGUAUGUCUAUAAAGUACAAUGAAAAGUAUGUUUCAGACUCA